AAAUGUUGUGUGUUGGAAUUGCACCAUCGCGUGCAGUUGCUGGGAGUCAGUUACAGGCGGUUUUUUAUUGACUUUCCGCCCCCGGGAGGGGCCUGGGCCCUGCGUCUCUGCUCGGUCCCCCCCCCGCAGGUGCACUGGGGGCAGGGUUCGAGGCAGGCGGAACCCCGGCUCCCCCCCCGGCCUUCCUGCUUCUGCUGCAACACGGAAGCCGGACGCCAAAGUCUGCCCGGAGCCUGCUGCCAUGGCCCUGCCAGGCCCCCUGCUCCUGCUCGCCGCCCUCGCCCUGCGCUGGGCCCACGGGGAGAUACCCACCGUCCGCCUGAUUGACCAAGAGGGCCCGAUCCUGGAGGGCAGCUACGUGACCCUGGAGUGUCUGACGGACGAGGCCGGAGCUGACAUGAGCCAAUUCACCUUCCAGAAAUACAGUCGGUGGCUCCACUCCUGGGUCUCCCUGGACAAUCCCGACCGGCUCCGCUGCUGGUUCUUCGACGUGAACGUGACGCGGGCGGACGGGCGCCUCCUGCUGGCCAUCAGCGCCCUGCAGUCCUGGCACGCCGGGGCCUACCGCUGCGUGGCCGCCAACAGCACCGGCAACGCCACUGCCUCCGCCGAGCUCCGCCUGCACGUGGAGUAUCUGCGGAGCGUCUUCGUGACCCGUGCCCACACGUGGUGCGGGACCGUGGGCGACGCCGUGGCCGUUCUGGAGGGCGAGGACCUGGAGCUGCAGUGCUCGGCCGACGCCUCCCAGCCCCCCCAGUAUGAGUGGAGCCGCCAGGGGGACGACUGGGUGGUGGCGUCCAGCACGCUGACCCUGCCCCACGUGAGCCAGGAGCAGGCCGGGACCUACGUGUGCCGGGCCCAGCACCCCAGCCUGCCCCACCUGGCGCGCAGCCGGGCCGUGCGGCUGGACGUGGAGGGGGCGCAGAGCAGCUACCGGCUGGAGCCGGGCCUGGACCUGAGCCCCCCCCUGCUGCUGCUGGCCGUGGGGCUGCCGGCCCUGCUGCUCCUGCUGCUGGUGCUGGCGCUCGGCGUCUUCGUCCUGCGGCGCCGCCAGGCCGCCAAGAUCCCGGCCGGGGAGGAGCCCGGCCAGCGCACCCCGAUCUACAAAGGCAGCCUGGAGUCGAUGCCCUCGGCCGCGGGGGACCAGCAGCCCCUGGUGCUGUGAGCUGGGCCCUGCCGCCCGGAACAGGUAGAACCGCACGAGCCGUCGCCGACGAGAAUCAGCCACUUCUAUAAUCAGCGGGGGGGAGGGGCGGGGUUAUGGGGGGCAGGAAAUUAUUGGGGGCUCAGCUGUGUUUUCUGAGGGGGGGGAUUGUUAUGGGGCGGUUUCUAUACUUCGUUGAUGCAGAUAGAGCUAGUAUGGGGGGGGAGAUGCUCUGGAUGGAGGGGGCUGAUAUCAUUAUUUUGGGGGUGGGGUGGAUCUUGGGGGGCUGGGGCAGUGUGACCAGCCCAGCUCCCCAUGAAGUUCAGGAGCCCCCCCCCGGGUGGUCACUUUUGGGGGCUCUGAUUUUCGGGGGCUGGGAGCCACCCCCCAGUUUUGUAAUGGGGGUGCUGUUCAUGGUGCCCUCCCAAAAUGCAAACCUCCUGCCAUCCCCAAAUUCACUCUGCAGGGGUCACCAGUCCAGAGACCCCCAAUCUCCAGAGGCCUGGUUCCCCCCCAACAGCUAAACUGAGUUAAUUUGCUUUUUUAAUGGGGAGCCUGUAAUCAAUGUGCUGGGGGAGGGGCUAGGGCAGCCUGAGGGGGUCCCCCAAACUGGGACCCCCCAAUGCCGAUUCCCUGCAAUCUGCUCUCACCCCUUUGCUUUCAUCUCCCCUGUGUGUGUAAGUCCUUGUGGGUCCGGGGGCUGUAGUGUUAUUUCCGGGUGGGGGUGGGGGGGUUGAGUUCUUAGGGCUAUUGCUUAACAUCUGGGUAUUGUAGUUCUGGGGGGGGGCUGGCCCUUUAAAUGGGGGGGGGAGCAUGGGCCAGCCCCCCAGCUUAAACGGGAUUAAAAUGAUACUUUAAAACUCUG